GAAGAAUCAAUAAAAAUAUCUUAGUGGAUUUUGGGCAGAUUUUAAAGCAGCUCAAAUACUGAAAAAUUGAAGGUUUGAGCGUAAAAAUGAGUUAGGGCCUUAUUUAACUUUCACGCUUUCUAUUUCAUUUUAAGCCCAAAAAUCAACAAUCCAAAAUAGCGUACUUUCCUCGUCAUCACUUGAUAGAUUUUGCUAAUGCAUUUAUUAAUAAGAGAGGGUCUCGCAAGACCUUUAAAAAGUUGCUUCUUUUUCAUAAUUCAUGCAGAUCUUGUGAAUUUUCCAGGGACUCAACUUGCCCACUACAGAAUCAGGCCAUAUUGUUCUCGUGGAAUCUGCCUCCUAAUAAAUAACGUACCAAAAUUAGCGCUUGAGGCGGAGAAGCAGCUCAGGGAUCUGUUCAGGUACCUCUCCUUCAACGUAAAAGUCCGGCGCAGUCUUAAGACGUUACAAAUGUACAAAGUCGCCCAAGAAUUUGCAAAGAAAGAUCACAGCAAAUUCGACUUUUUUGUUGUCAUUAUCAUGUCACUUGGUCAAGGUAAUGACAUUUGUGGCGCUGAAGGAGGGAAGGCAAGCCUUGAACAAAUGAUGACCGAGUACACAGCAACAAAAUGCCCCUCUCUACGGGGCAAACCCAAGCUGUUUUUUGUCGAGCGAGUUACAUUCGUGAAACCCUCUAACGUCAGGGAUGGUUCAACCCAAGCGCAAUGCUCCACAGAUACAGAGAUAGAGACGCAACCAGCUUUCCCCCUUGUCUUCAACGUUGGGAAUAAUUGUCCUGAAGGGGCUGACUUCCUGAUAACUUGGAUGACUUCUGCAGUUGCCAAAGCCAAGCCAGUGCCGGAGGUUUUGUCUAUUCAGGUGUUGAUCGAUGCCAUUAGAAAUUGGAAGAGCUUCCAUCUGCUUGAUAUUUUGACUAAAGUGAAUGCGUGUAUGGUAGACAAACAUCGUUCAAACAGAGUCAUGGCCGCUCAAGUGCCAUAUCAGAAUCAUACACUGAGAGCUAAAGUGCACCUAGGUUUGCCACCCUUUCCAGACCAAGAUGCAGGUUCAGCAAUUCCAGGCUAUCAAUUUACAGAUGAUAUAAUCGAUGCCCAGCGGAAUCGCUAUGAGCUCGAAAAGCGUCCCCGAGGGUAUUGCGUCAUAAUAAACAACGUCAAGUUCCGGAACAGGAAAGAUGAUCGUCCUGGAGCCGUAGAAGAUGAAAGAAGUCUCAAACAGAUCUUCGAUGAUCUUUUCUUCACGGUAAUCGUCAAAACAGAUUUAACGAAACAUCAGAUGGAGAAUGUGGCGGCGGAGUAUGGGGCUAAAGAUCAUACCACAUUUGACGCGUUUGUGAUGAUCGUCAUGUCACAUGGUGGGGAUGGUGACUGCAUUAUGGGUGUGGACGGAAGGGAGACAUCAGUGAAGAAUUUGAUGGUCGAGUUCCAAGAAACCAAGUGUCCAUCACUAAAGAAAAAACCCAAGGUGUUUAUCAUCCAAACCUGCAGGGGCGAAUCAGGGUCCCCAGCUUAUAAUGUUAGUUCACAGGCGGUGCCAUCGACAUCUACUCAGGUGAAUUACGAGCUUUGCGAUGCUUCUCUUUUACCCGACUCCACUCUCCCAAGGAGUGUGUUUCCUGCAGAGGCUGACUUUGUCUUGGCCUUUGCCACUGUGCCAGGCUACGUAUCCUACCGGUCUCCAACGGACGGAACCUAUUUUAUACAGUCUUUGGUCAAGACUAUCAGAGAACAUCGUCACCAUCAUCACUUUCUUGAGAUCCUGAUGCAAAUCACUAAGCUGGUGGUGAAGAAGGAAGAGGAAGGAAGCAGGAGGAGGCCUACUGUUCAAGUCCCAGCUUCUAUGCACACACUGACAAAAUGUCUGUACUUGUGAAAGAGAACGAAGGCAGAGCUAUGGCAAGUCGAGGAGGAGUUAGUGUAAGUAAUUGAUCCCGAGAAUUGUUCAAGAACACCUGUAGAAAAGUAUAUCUAACAGCCAGUCAUGGCUUACCGGGUCUUGUUGUAAAUGGUGGCGAGUGACUUUUGAUCUUUGACUGUAGCUGUAUGAAAAGAAAACUGCAAUAUAUUUAAAUCAAAAUAUCGUACAAAAUCACAACCUUUGUUAGCAAAGUAGGGACUUCAAAUAACAAUUUGCGUAAAGGAGACGCGUUACUCUAGUUAAAGGAGCUAGGUCUCUGUAUUUUAGGCAAUUCGUAACUUCAUAUUGCCUGAAAUCAGUCUUUUAUUGGCAAAAUCUAGGCCACAUAUCAAACAGCGACGAUUUUUGAGUGUGAUAGAAAUACACUUUAACUUGAAAACAUCAGGCUGCUGGUUUUCAAGAUUACCCUAAUGCCAUCUUGUUUAAUUUUGCGCUUCUCUAGCCCCAUUUGCCCUCCAUGUAUUUCUUUUGAGUUCUCAAUUCUAAAGUAUUAAGCCAUAAUCGUGAGAUUUCAGUUCAAGAUUCCGUGACCAGGUGGUGAGAGCCAAAACUGCCUAAAAUUCGAUGGCCUAGCCCUUUAAAGUGACCAAAUAAUUCUUUGUGCAUUAAAUAAAUCAAGAACAUGACAAUCAAAUAGUACACGUAGCAGCCAGAGUAAAAAUUACAGUUUCUCUUACGAUGACUUGGUCGAUAUGAGGACCUGGAAGCAAGCAAGUCCAUUUCUGUAUUAUUUGCCGUCCAGAUUUCGUUCUGCAAAACAACGGAAGCUUUUCAGUUUACAACAGUUGAGAUAUUAUUGUGGUCUGGGAUAAUAUCGAAAGCGAUUCUCUGCUUUUCUUUGUCGAUUUAUAUGUUGUGGGCACGAAAUAUUCUUAAAGAAGCAAGAAGUGUAGAGAGAAACAAAAACCGUUGGCAUUGAACUGAAGGCAAGUAAAUGGAGACGAAGAGCUUCUGAAAACUCCGUGUAGGGGUACUCCUAGAAAAAUGGGUAGGGGUGUGCGGCUCGCUUUUCAAAACCCUUACUCCAUUUAUGACCAAAAUCUGCGAUUCUCCCCACCCAUUUAUGACCUGGCCAAAAAUUCGAUUCCCUAAUUAAGAAGUGACCCAUAAGUCAAUUCCCUGUUUCAGAACUACCUUAUAAUUAGUUCCCUAGUUCAGAUCAAUGUUAAAUUGCUGUAAACAUAAUUUGUGAGGAGCUUUUGUGUAUGGUCUUAUCGAUUAUGAUGUAGUAGUAGAAGUACAUUCUUCUUUAAAAUAUACCCAUAUCAAGACUAGAGUGCAAAAACCAUACCUUAUCUAUGACCAAAAUCGCCAAAAUCGAUACCCUAUUUAUGACCAGACCAUACCCUUUGGGGCCGCACUUACCUAUAUACCCCAUAUAAGGGAGUAUCCUCCCUCUCUGGGUUAAAAGUGAAAGGGAGGCACUUGAAACUGUCCAGAAUGAUCGAAGGAACCUUGCCAACUCCAGCUCACCGUGACACGACUCGACACGACUGAAUUCUUAGCUUCUCAAUUGUUCCGUUCAAGUCCGUUCAAUUAUAUCGGAUUCCGUUAGCGCUUUUAAAAGAUAUUUUUUAGCAUUAGGAGGUUUUUAGUCAACUCCUGUUCAGGAUUAUUUACCUCUUCAUUUCAAACUUUUAGAGCUGAUCAUUAUGAGAAAAAACUUAACUUUGCAAUUGUUAUGCCCAAAAUGUUUUUUUUCUAAUCAAGCUAAGGGAAAUCUUCUAACUUUUCAAUUUUCCGAAAAAAAAAGCAAAAACAAAAUUUCAAUUUUCUGAUGACCGUACUUCUGAGACGCUAUGGUACAUGUAGAGAAAUCUUGUGCAAAAGUUGUGUUUGUAAGUGAAAUAGGGGAAAUUGUUUGUUUUAAUGGUGCUAUGCUACGGUUUAGUUAAGUCUUAUUCUACGAUGCAUAACAACAACAACAACAACAAAAAC